AUGCCAGCACAUCUCCAUGGCGUGCCUGUUGGGCUGCAGGGCGCCCGUGGGCUGGCCCAGGCAGCAGAGAAGGAGGUGAAGCUGCCGCCGCAGCACGGCAUCCCGGGGCGGUAUGCCGCGGCGCUGUACAUGGCGGCCUUGAAGACGGACAGCCUGCAGAAGGUGGAGGGGGAGCUGAGCCAGGUGUCCAGCCUGAUGGCGGAGAGCAAGGACUUCAACGCCUUUGUGGGGGACCCGUCGGUGCCGCGCGCGGUCAAGGUGGACGGCCUCAACUCCAUCCUCACCAAGAUGGGUGCCACCGACAUCACCAAGAACUUCGUGGGCCUGCUGUCCGCCAACAACCGUCUGAGCGAGCUGGGCAAGAUCCUGGGCAAGUUUGAGGAGAUUGCGGCAGACCAGCGGGGCGAGGUCAAGGCGGUUGUCACCACAGCCGAGGGGCUGAGCCCGCAGGAGAUGGAGGAGAUCCAGCGCGGCCUGCAGCCGCUGCUGAAGCCGGGCCAGAAGCUGUCGCUGGAGGAGCAGGUCAACCCUUCCAUCAUCGGCGGCGUGAUUCUGUCCAUGGGCGACAAGUACGUGGACAUGAGCAUCCUGGCGCGCGUUAAGAAGCUCCAGCAGAUUGUGCGCGACGCUGUCUGAGCCGGCAGCGCGAGCGGCCGUGUGCGCCUGUUCUGAGGGCUGUCUGCUACCAGGUUGCGGCGAACCACUUUGUUGAGCCAGCAUGCAAAUUCUUCCGUCAGAAUUGUACCGAACAGACAGCCCUGCUCAGCAACUUCGUGACGGGCCCAAUGCCCGCCGAUCUCGCACUGGCACUGGGUGGCGCAGGGCGCGCCUUGUAAGAGUGCCAUCAUCU